GUUCCUUGAUCUCCAGACAUAUGAGAAACGUUCUCCAACUCGUCACGAACAAGUUGCACUCUUCAAAAUUAUUGAACUUCAAGUUUUAACUUAGAUUUUUAAUAAAUAUUGACAUCGAUAGUAUUGUGAAUAGUCUUAAUAUAUUAAUAUAUUAUUGUGAUUGAAAAAAAUUUCAAAUUAAAAUUGAAAUUGUGAUUUAUGUUAAAAAAUAAUUGAAAAAUUGAGAGUUUAUUAAAAGAAAUAGUGAAAUAUGUUUGGUGGUUGGAGUGGUAGCGCGAACCGGUUGCAUAUUCUCAAAAUAGUUUCUCCAGCGUAGGUAAAGACUGGAUUACGAAAGGGAAGAUUGAAAUUUAAACAACUACAAUACGUAAUAAUAAUACGUAAAAAGUUAAGGAAAAAUGUCGGGGCUAACUUCAAAGACAGUUUUGAUAGGGAGUGUGACAUUUAUUGCCCUUGCAAUCACAAUAAAUUACACCACAGCUUGUAAUGAAGCUAUUUGUGCUAGCGUAGUGAGUAAAUGUAUGCUUACACAAAGCUGUAAGUGUGACCUUGUCACUUGUACUUGUUGCAAAGAAUGUUUUUCAUGUUUAUCUUACCUUUAUGAUGAAUGCUGUUCAUGUGUUGACUUAUGUCCUAAACCAAACAUAACAGAUAAUCCUUUAAGUAAAAAGUCUCAUGUUGAAGAUUUUACUGAACCCGUGCCAGGGUUAUUCCAAGCUUUGACUGCUGAACCUGAUCCUCUUGAGAGAUGGAUUACAUUUACUUAUCCAGUGGAUUUUGAUGUCACGUUAUUUCAACCAAAAUCAGAAAAAGAAAUAAAUUAUCAUAUGCAAACCGUGGAAGAAGAAUUACACAAUCCUCUCAAACCCAAUAUAAUGACAGUUAACUGCACAGUAGCAUACAUGGCUCAAUGUAAUUCAUGGAACAAAUGUCGAGCAUCUUGUCAAAGUAUGGGAGCAACUAGUUAUCGGUGGUUUCAUGAUGGAUGUUGUGAAUGUAUUGGAGAUACUUGCAUCAAUUAUGGUAUAAACGAAUCUAGGUGUCUUCACUGUCCUGCUGAUAAAGAUGAAGAUGAUGAUUUGAAAGAACAAUACGAUGAUUACGGACAAAAUGACGAUCUCAUAGAUGAACUCGAUUAAAUAGGUGUCAUUUACAUUAGCUUAAUUGUUUUUAAUGUAUGUAUUUUUAUUAAUAUUACUUUUGAAGAACAAUUACUUUUAUGACCUUCAA